CUUACCUCUUCUCUCUCUAAGCUUCUCUCUCUACUUCUUUCUUGAUCGGCAAUGGCGAAAGGCGGUCUGAGCAAGCUCAAGUGCAUGAUCAAGCGGUGGCACUCGUCGAGCCGCAUAUCGCGCACGCCGUCGGGGUUCUCGGCGCGCUCGCCCGACGCCGCCGUCGGCGCCGGCUGCGGGUUGGAGGACUCGUGGAGUCGGGGCGUCGCGGCCUCGGCCAUCGUCAGCGCCGGCGGCAGGGGGUCUGCGUCGUUCCACGGCGCCGAUGGCGUGCCCCCGGGCCUCCACCCGGUGUACGUCGGCAAGUCGCGCCGCCGCUACCUCAUCGCCGCGGACCUCGUCGGGCACCCUCUGUUCCAGAACCUAGUCGACCGCUCGGGGGGCGGCGUGGGCGGUGCAGGCGCUGGCGGCACCGUCGUCGGCUGCGAGGUCGUGUUGUUCGAGCACCUCCUCUGGAUGCUCGAGAACGCCGAUCCACAGCCGGAGUCGCUCGACGAGCUCGUCGAGUACUACGCGUGCUGACCGACCGCCUUCUUAAGCCUGUGUCCACGGUGCCGACCGCCGCGCUGAGGCCGAUCGAGCUCGCCGGAGCUGGAGGCUUCUCGAAUGGGGUAUUUGGGUAAUCCGGUUCUUUAUUUAAGAUUAGGGGUAGUGUUGUAAUAUACGCGUACUGCGAGGGCGAGGAGUAAGACAUGUGGAGAUUUAGUUAACCUUGGGUGUUUGUGGUAAUUUAAUCUCGAGAUUAGGAGUGUAAUUACCGUUUGCCCAAGAUGAUGCUCUCUCGGGGCAGUUAAUUAUUUCUCUAAUGCUUCAUGUAAUGGCUUUGCUUGCUUCUUCCUUCUCUGUUUCUUUUGAAGAGAAUUGAAUAAGAUUUUAGGAAUCGAGUAUCGAUGUACAUUU